UCAAUAUCAUUCAAAUUCCUGUUUUGCAGGUCAGACCCAACAAGCUAUCGUCAAGAAGGGUAGGUAGAAGAAGGGAAAAUGCAAAGUUGCAUCACUACGUGCUGAAACCCAAGAGCCCUCUCAUGUCCCUCUUCCAUUUCUCUAUUUUGCUCGUGGUGUUGGGUUUGGGUUCUCCUGUUUUCAACUCUGGUUUUGUAAUUGGGCGUGGAAUCCCACAUAGGAAGCUUGCAGACGCUUCAUGUCCUUUAGACUUCGAUGCUCUACGCAAUCUCAUUGAAGGUUCGAACCAGCCUGAUCUUCCCAAUGUCUACUCCAAGUGUCAAUACGUUCUUCAAGGCCUCCGUCUUGUUGAAUCCUUGUAUAUUCAAACCAGUGGGUUCUUUCUUCCUCCCUUAAAUGCCUCUGAUUCGUGUUGGGUUUCAUAUCAAUCCUUGAUCAAUGAACUCGUUAUUCCCAAUUUCGACAUUCGCUCCUCCUGCGGAUUCCAAACCAACUGGAUUUCGGAGGGGUGCAUGAAUAUUACGUCUCGCUUGCAGUUUGAAUCCAUAGUUAACGAGUCCUCUUUGCAGACCGUCCGGCAUUCCUGCAAUCAGUCGCUUGUGAAUGGAUCUCCCUGCGCUUCGUGCACUACUAGCCUGUCGAGUCUCCAGGCAGCUUACCUGCCCGGUCCUCAGGUUGGGAACGUGUCUUCCUGUACCGGGUACCCCUCUAUCUAUGCUGCUGGUAUCGUUAAUCGCUUUGGGCCGACCGACACGGGGACUGCCAUGUGUUUGUUCUCCCUUGAUUUCUCUUCCUCUGCUUCGAGCAGCAAGGGACACACGACGCUGAUUUAUGGGGUUUCGAUCGGUGGCGGUGUUUGUUUGCUGGGUGCAAUUGUGGGCUUUUGGUUUCUAUGGAAAAGGCACAAGAAACGGAAGAGGAAGAAGAAGAUGUUUAUCAAAGUUACUGAGAAGAGUUCAGUUUCGGGGUUGGAAUCGAUCAGUGGGAGUACGACUCUUAUUAAGUUCACAAUCGAGCAAAUCAAACAUGCUACGAAGAAUUUCUCUAGGGAUAACAUAAUUGGCAAGGGAGGCUAUGGGAAUGUUUAUAAGGGAAUUCUAGCAGACGGGUCUGAGGUUGCAUUGAAGAGGUUCAAGAACUGCUCUGCUGCUGGGGAUGCCGACUUCACCCAUGAAGUAGAGGUUAUUGCCAGUGUUAGGCAUGUAAACCUUGUCGCUCUCAGGGGAUACUGCACUGCAACAACUCCUUACGAAGGCCACCAGAGGAUAAUCGUCUGUGAUUUGAUGCGUAAUGGAAGCCUCCAUGACCAUCUGUUUGGAUCAUCAGACAAGAAGCUUAGUUGGCCAGUCCGGCAGAAAAUUGCCCUUGGGACGGCGAGGGGGUUGGCUUACUUGCAUUACGGGGCACAACCAGCUAUCAUCCAUAGGGAUAUAAAGGCUAGUAAUAUCCUCUUGGAUGAGAUGUUUGAACCAAAAGUGGCAGACUUUGGCUUGGCCAAGUUUGCUCCGGAGGGGAUGACCCAUAUGAGCACCAGGGUGGCUGGGACACUGGGUUAUGUUGCUCCUGAGUAUGCUCUGUAUGGGCAAUUAACAGAGAGAAGUGAUGUUUACAGCUAUGGGGUUGUGCUUCUUGAGCUUUUGAGUGGGAAGAAGGCACUUGUUAAUGCUAAGGAUGGCCAGAACUCCCUUGUGGCGGAUUGGGCUUGGUCCCUGGUGAAAAAAGGGAGACCUCUGGAUGUCAUCGAGGAUGGCAUGCCUGAGUUGGGUGCUAAUGAAGUCAUGGAAAAGUAUGUCCGGGUUGCUGUUCUUUCUUCUCAUCCACAGUUAUAUCAUAGGCCUACUAUGGAUCAGAUUGUGAAGAUUUUGGAAACUGACCUUCCAGUUCCCACAAUAGCUGAACGUCCUGUUCCUCUUGUGGCGGAGAUUGACGAGAUUGAGAGAUCAGCGAGUAGUAGUGGCUCAGGUCAGCUGUCUAGUCCUGCUGGUUACCAGUCCUUUACCAUAGAGGGCAACAAUUUAAGUUCUGAACAUUAGGCAGAAGAAGCAACCUCAUUGCUCCAGAGCCAAACAAUGGAAUUAGAUAGUCUGACAUGAAGUUGUCAUCACCAACUCUCCAAUAUUACUUGCUUCCAUUCAUGGUAUGCUUGCCCUGCUUCAUUUGUGGUUUGUAAGAUUGACCUAUUCAUGAAUAGGAAUUAUGACUGUUGUAAAGACAAAAUACAGGAAAAUUCUUUUCCAUUUUAAGAGAAAUACUGCAUAAAUUGUAAAUAUUUCAUAGUCAAGUUCCUUUAUUUGUUCAUUAUUAUAAUUUUUCUAUGAUACAAUCUAUAUUUUCUUAACUUGGGAUCUUGAGGGCUAACAGUUGAAACAAUGUUGGUCUUGCAAUACUAUUGAAGUAUGAAAAUUCAUGAUGGUUCACA